AUGAAGGUCAAACAAUACAGUUUGGAGGCUCGCAGCCGCGCCAUUGGCAUGCUCCAAGCCGGCAAGACGCAGAGGGACGUUGCCUCACACUUUGGGGUCCCAGUCCUCACCAUCAAACACUGGUGGAAGAAGUUUAAGGAGGCAGGGAGCGUCGCAGAUAGACCGCAGUCAGGGCGCCCUUCCAGCAUCUCGACCGUCGCCAAGAUCGUGAUGAAGAAAGCGGCUGGAAAAUCUGGCCACUGGGCGAGGAAGCUGUCCAAACAGCUCACUCGGAAGAAAUAUCCGGUGUCCGAGAGGACUGUCCGCCGGUACUGGAGGAACACCCUUGGACUGAAGGCCUACAAGAUCCGCAACGAGCGAGUGUGGGCUGAGAACCCGGCUGAAGUCCCGAAGGCGUUCAGCGUCAAAUUCCCGCCGAAACUGAUGGUGUGGGGCAUGAUGUCCUACGAGGGACUGAGCCAGCUGCACGUGAUCCCGCAGAAGACGUCGGUCAAUGCCGAGUACUACGUGUAG